CGGGGCUGUUUACCAGCUGGUCGCAGCCAGGCACAGGAGGCGGAUGGAGCUGAGCUGCGAGGGGUCCUGAGAAGCAAUGGCCACAGAAGCCCCUGUGAACCUAGCACCACCUGAACGCAGCACCGUGGUCAGUACUUCAGCUGACAGCUUCAUCUGGCAGCCCAGCCCACUCAGGAUGCACGUCAUCAGGCCCAAGUCUGCCAAGGGCCGGAAGCGGCCGAAUCUGCACAGACCUCAAGGCGUGGGUGACGGUUCUCCCAGUGUGCUGUCCGCUUCGCCUCCACCACGUUCCUCCGGGUCCUCGAGCAGCCAGAAAGCAGGAGCCUGCGCACCCGUCUCUCCGUCUCCGGGAGCCCUUGAUGAGAUGCCAGAGCUGCUGCCGCAGGUGCUCAUCAGACCCGCCUCAUCUCUCAAUAAGUACCCAGUCCUCCCUUCCAUCAACAGAAGGAGCCUGGAAGAUGGGGCUGUGGACACGGUGGCCAGGAAGGCCAGUUCUCUGCAACUGAGUAGUGUCCAGGCCCUUUACCAGGAGGAGGCCUGCACCUCUGUAAAGUCAAGCCAAGAAGAUUCCCGAGCCCAGGUCUGUGCCUUAGAGAAGAAAUUCAUCAUCCGAACCAAGAGACAGAGUUCCUCUGGGUCCUCAAACAUGGAGGAGCCGACAGACCAAGAGCCGAGGCUGCUGCUGGCCAUCAGGUCACCCUCAGGCCAAAGGUUCGUGCGCUACUUCAGGCCCAGUGACAACCUACAGACUGUCCUCGCAGUGGCUGAGCAGAAAAACAAAGCCACCUACCAACACUGCAGCAUCGAAACGAUGGAGGUGCCCAGGAGACGUUUCUCUGAUCUCACCAAGUCCCUGCAGGAGUGUGGCAUCCUCCAUAAGUCCGUGCUGGGCAUCUCCCAGGAGGAGGGGGAGGGGUGACCCUGAGCCCACAGCACCAGGCUGGGGCCCCAGGUCUCUGAGCAAAGAGAAUGUUGGGCGCGCUGCAGCCUCCCACACAGCCUGGUUUCAAGCGCCACCUGAGCCCCGUGAAGCUCAGAGCCCAGGGCCUUGUCUGUAUAGCAUCAUCUGUGGAGGCAGGGACACAUCUGCAUGUGAGCUGAGCCCCCUGGGAAACCCCCUGCUAGCCCCACAUUCCACCACUGCAGCCACAUGGCUAUUCCCGGAAAUGGCUGCGGCCAGGACUUCUCCCCCCAGAACUGGUUCCUUCUGGAGCACCUGCUGCCCGGGCAGGGAACUCCGGGUCUCUCUUGAGGUCACCACUUUGCUUCUCUGUAUCUGACAUGAGACUAACCACUUCCCAGAGAGGAUUCUAGCCUAGUAAAUAACCAGGGUUUAGGGGUCAUGGAACUGACACUGUGUUUCUUGCAGUAUCAUAAGAAACAGGCUGUGGGUCCUUUGUUGGAAGCUGCCCCCUCCUGAGCUGCAGGAGUGGAGAUCCCUGGAGAUUCCUGUGGGUAUGAGGAGGGAGCAAAGGGAAGAACCGUCUUCUGCUGUCCCAAACCCCCAACACACAUACAGUUCUCAAAUAUCCUAGAGCUGGCCCGAAUAAAUUGCCUCUAUAGUCAUGGGCUAGCCAAGGCUACUUUUGAAUGGACUGACUAAGUUGGCGCUUCUUGGUAGUGCCUGACUACAGAAUUCUUCCAAAAUGGAAGCAAAAUACAAAGUCCUCUGUUGUUUUAAGACCCAGACAACUACAAGUCUGUGCAGGUUUAUGCUGACAACCCCUUGGCCUACCUCGACAUAGGUAAAUUGUUUUAUCCCCCAGUCUCAGUGUCUCAUCCACUUCAAACAUGGAAGGGCUGUGGCACAACAUCAGCACAUCCUGGAGUGUGAUGUCAGGCUCUCCCUAGGAGAAGGAAAGUGGCUUCUUUUCUGUGCUGCUGUUGAGACCACACUACGCAGAUGACCGACUGGCAUGGAGCUCCCCUUAGCCAGAGCUGUCACAAGCACUGUAGAGUCUUGGUUUUCCUAUGGGGAAACACAUUAUUUGCCAAAGUUCUCUUGUAUUGCAGGUUCAGCCAGACACCCACAGCUCGUCUGCAUCCCUUUAUGGCCAAAUCCCCAGUUGGAGUCAGGAACACAGAGACCUUCUGGGCACCUUGUCCCCCUUAGAGCACAGUCGCCACAUGGCCCUGGGUACUGGUACCUGCCCCUACCCCCUCAGUACACAGACGAGGCAGGGUUCAGGUGUUCUUGGAGCAUCUUGGACAUCUCAGAACAGGGGCAUCUUGUGCGUGGACAACACCAGUGCUUAGAGACAUUCCUUCUAGUGCACUGCCCCUUGGUAAUAGCAAUGGUUACUCUGAACAGACUGGCUCAUCCUACACCUCCCACACCACACAGAUCACUCUAGACUAGGAUAUUCCUGAACAUGUGCAAGAGUUCCCACCCUGCCUAGGUUAGUGGCUCCUUGGAUGGGAGAGGUCAGCGGGCGCACCCGGGCAGCUGGUCACCUCGUCUACUCAAUGACCAUGGCAGAAGGGACUGGUAGCUUGCUCUUGGACUCCCCCAGUACAGGUAUUUCACUUUCCCCCAAGUGCACAAUUCUGCCUCUGAUCUAGGAGCCUAUAAAAAUCCCACCUACUCUAUGGUAAGAAUAAAAUCCCACCCACCUGCAGCUUGGUGAUUCCAAGCUUUAGAAUGUUCCAGUGAGAAAUGUAACAUGCUUGAUGGAAUGAGAGACUCCUGGACACAGGGUUUUGUUGCUGCCAUUUGUCUUAGAAUUUUGGGGUGGUGGGAAAAAAGGGGAGCAUGAAGCAUAGGAAUAUUUUAGGAUCUUUUAGGAGACAUGAUUAAAGCUAGAUUUGAGCCAUCAUAAUAAUCUCUCUUUUCCUCUUGUUGGACAGAAGAUA